AUUAUUUCGUGUGCCCUAAUUCUCUUUUAACCAAGUCUCUCUUUUCCGAUUGCUUUGGUUACCUUCUCCUCGUCCUCCUCUGCUCUCAGCUGUGGGAGGGUGAUCUCGACGCGAUGGCUGAGCACUUGGCUUCUAUCUUUGGAACGGAGAAGGACCGGGUGAACUGCCCUUUCUACUUCAAGAUCGGAGCUUGUCGACACGGAGAUCGGUGCUCGCGCCUGCACACCAAGCCCAGUAUCAGCCCCACCCUCCUCCUGUCCAACAUGUAUCAGCGUCUCGACAACGCCAUCACCCCUGGACUUGACUCUCAAGGUCAGCCCAUGGACCCACACAAGAUCCAGGAGCACUUCGAGAAUUUUUAUGAAGAUCUCUUUGAGGAGCUAAGCAAGUAUGGGGAGAUUGAAAGCCUUAACGUUUGUGACAAUCUGGCCGAUCACAUGGUUGGUAAUGUCUAUGUUCAGUUUAGAGAGGAAGAGCAUGCUGCAAAUGCACUUCGCAACCUGACUGGAAGGUUUUAUGCAGGGCGCCCAAUUAUUGUAGAUUUCUCUCCUGUUACUGAUUUCCGAGAGGCUACAUGUAGGCAAUAUGAAGAAAACACCUGCAAUCGAGGUGGAUAUUGCAAUUUUAUGCAUUUGAAACAAAUUAGCAGGGAAUUGAGGCGGAAAUUGUUUGGGGGAAGCAGGAGGCACCGCAGAAGUCAUAGUAGAAGCAGAAGCCCUCAUGGCCACCGUGGUUAUGAAGAUCGUCCUGUAAACCGUGGUCAUGGUAGGCGUCAUCCUGAUAGGGAUCAAUACUCUGAAGAACGUAUCAGAAAACCCAGGAGUCGUAGCCCAGGUCGUAGAAGGAACCGCAGUAGAAGCCCUGGAGGAAGAAGGAACAGAAGUCCUAUUAGAGAAGGAAGUGCAGAGCGAAGGGCUAAAAUUGAGCAAUGGAACAGGGAAAGGGAACAGACCGAAGCUACUAGAAGGAACAGCGAAUACACUCAAAACGGCCAGCAGAAUAAUGACUAUCCUCAUCAGGAUCAAGAAAGUUGAUUGAUGGCUCAAUGGUCCAGGUGUUCCUGCCACAGCUUCAACUCAUCCCUUUUUGCUUAAUGAACUUAAUUUUCAGGACGGGCGUGACUUGCGAAUUGACCAGAAUCUGCCUCAGCAAGGCGUCUCGGUAGUGUGCUCUUUCAGAACUCUAGUACUUUGUAAUGCAUUUACUUGUUGCAGGAUGUGAUGUAAAGACAUAAUCUACUUCUGUUUGGUGUUUGCAAGAUAUGCAUAAUGUUAAGUACAAUUGUGAUUUAUCUGCACCAAUUGCUGCAUCUACUGCUUUUAGCGUUA